AACAUCUAAUGCAUCAAGUUCUCAAUUUUGUUUCGGUUUCGGUGGGGCAGAGACACACCCCCUAUAUGGGAGGAAACAGCUUCUCUGUGCAUAGGCUGAAAUCUUCAUGAGGGUUUAAACAUGCUGGACUUUCCCAAACAUGGGGCUUUCCCCACCACCAAACAUGAUGUGAAAUAUUGAUGUGACGUGUGAAUAAAUUAAAGUUAAAAAAGGAGAAACGAGAGCAAGUAUCUCCACCCGCAACGUUUAUUUAUGGCAAUAAAAUGAAGAGGUCUUCCUGUGGUGGCAGAUAGGACACACACUGAAGCACAUGACUGUGUUUGCUUGUUCCUGUUGUAAUCUGAAACCUCUGUGAAGCAAAGGGUGUCAACAAAUCAGUAACCACAUUAUAGCGGCUUCUUACGUGGACAAUGUGCCCACUGUUUCUGAUGAUCCAGCAACACGUAGCAAGACAAUCCCUGCACAGCUCAGCAGCAUCAAAAGCUCACCAAGACCACCACAGAUGGCUGCCCCGUUUGUUCCAGUCCCCUUCCCAGUGGACAGGACUGCAGCAUACAGGUCCUGGAUCAAGAGGGGAUCUCCCAUACAUACUAGCACCUCAUCCACUGACUGUGAGCCCUCACCUCUAGAGAGUAUUCCCUGGGUUAGAGGAGUUGGACGCUGGGGUACCACAGGUGAGUCCCAGAGUAGACCUCAAGGAGGCGUGUUGGAUGGGUCACCCUCACUGCUGGAGGGUGAAGGGGGAUUCUGGAAAAACUGGGUGGAGAGACCCAUCACCCCGACGCUGCUGGGCUACGAAAUCCUGGAGGAGAGGGCAAAGUUCACGGUUUAUAAGAUCCUGGUGACCGGGAGUGAAGCUGACAGCUGGGUGAUCUUCAGAAGAUACACAGACUUCUGCAGGCUCAACGAUAAGCUUAAAGAGCUGUUCCCCGGCUUCCACUUAGCCCUUCCCCCUAAGCGCUGGUUCAAAGACAACUACGACGAGGAGUUUCUGGAGGAGAGGCAGAUCGGGCUGCAGACAUUUCUGCAGAACUUGACAGUACACAAAGACAUCAUCAGCAGCGGAGCUGUCAGACACUUUCUGUGUUUGGUUGACCCUCCAAGUCCAUUUGACAGUCUGGAGGAAAGCAGAGCUUUUUGUGAGACUCUGGAGGAAACUAACCAUCGUCUCCAGAGGGAACUCUUGGAAAAACAGAGAGAAGUUGACACUUUGAAGAAAACCCUGGAGGAGAGGGAGAACCACAUCAGCCUCCUGGCAAAGAAAGUCAGGAUAUCGCUGUCACUCUCGUCGGAGAGCUUUGAGCAUCUUUGCGAGCCACCAGCUACUGUAGCCACAGACACGCACAGAGAAGGAGACACAGAUGUGACUGAAGAGGUGGAUGAUGGCAGAGGAUUCUCAAUAGGUGAUGGUCUGAUGCACUGAUAAAAGGUCAUGAAGCUCCCAGCGGUCAACAAUAAUUCCCCAGGUGCAUCUUAAAGUCCAGUGACACAUGAAAACCAAAACAGGAAAUCUAUGAUGAGCUAUUGCAAAUUACACUCUGUUGCAUCAACUCAGAUGCACAAGCUCAGUGACAAAACCAUUUAUGGAGAAUAAUGGAUGGACAGACAUGUUUGGUCUAAUGCAACACCUUGCAGAUUUCUGCUUCAUGUUGAGUCUGAUUAUGAUUCAGCAUUGAAUGUCUGUACCUUCCUUUUGUAUCAAUAUGAGGCUAUUUGUUUGAGGAUACUAGAGGUAAAUUCUCUUUGGCAUGGCCAUGUUGUAUAAAUACCUCAAACUAUCCAGUAUUAUCUUGCUUUCAAGAGAAAAUAAUCUGAUCCUCAUCACAAAUGUGAAUUAUGAACUUUGUUAUUAAUUUAUUGAGGUUUAAUUUAAUAAUUUAAUUCAUCCUUUUUUUAAUCAACAGUAGUGUUAUGUUUUUGAAGCAUUUUGAGGCCAAAGACAAAUACGACCAGCAGAGGGCACUGUAAUAACAGUAUCCAAAACGAAAGCCACUGCACAUGAAUGAGAAGUGAACAUUCAGAACUUGAUGUUCUGUUCUCAGCGCACUCUCAAGGGCUUUUCACUGAACCUUGAACGCGGUGCACUGUGCUCCUGGAUAAUGGGCUGUCAUGGUUUUCUUGAAUGGAAUGCAGAGGAGAGAUGUUUCCCUCUCUAACAAUGAAUAUCAGGUUAACAAUCAAUGAAUGAAGCAUG